UUGUAUACAUAAGCCAUAUAGGAGUAAGCUGAAUGGACAGAAUUCAUUUGUAUAAAGGAUUCCCCCAUGGGUGAAAAGUGUGAGGACUUAGACGAGGAUAUCUCCAGAUUAUGACGUGGAGUGGAUAGUGAGAAGACAGAGAAAGGUUGGGAUUACAUGACUGAUGAGCAGACGCUAGCCACAGUUGUACCUCCUGCCUGGUAGCUUAAAUCUUGAAAAUUUCUGACUGGAGCAACAGAGUAGCAAGAAGAUCCUGAGUGGUACUGCAUCAUGAGGUUGAAUCUCUGACAUUGAGUACCUCAGCAAAUCAUACUUUGAGGUAAGGUACACUAAAGGUUAGCUGAUGGUAAAGAAUAAUGGAUCACUGAGUUUGGAAACUUAACAAUACCAUUACUUGACUAGUGGAAAAAAAUAAUCAUACAAUAAAAAUUGCUGUCAUGACAACAUAACACUACUUGGAUAUUGCUAACUACAGUCUUGAUCUCUUUAACUUCUCACGCUUGCUAUACCAGUGGAGACAAAUUCAACCUUCAGUAUGAAGCUGAAGUGGACUAAUCUAGCCAUCCUCUUCUUCUUCAUCCUCUCUCUCAUCAUGACUGGUUGUUUUAUAUGGCAAUAUAGGCUUCCCAAGGCCAAACCAGUGGCUGAAAUAAAAGUCCAAGAGGUGAAUGAAGAGAAAAUGUGCCCACGUUUCCCAGAGCCUGUGCCUCUGAAGCAUCCCAUACCUGUCCUAAUGGAUGCUCUGGAAAAGGUGGAUUCUCUUUUGAGGACCAGAAUUGAUGCAACAACACUGCCAGCAAUUUCAUGCAUUGUCAUCUAUAAUGACUCAGUGCUGUGGAAUGGGAACUUUGGCAGAAGAAAUGGGAGUGACCCAAAGUCUUCACCACCAAACGAGUACACAGUGUAUAGAAUUGCCACUUUAUCUAAGAUCUUCCCCACUCUGAUGCUAUACAAGUUGUGGGAGGAUGGUAAAGUGAACUCCUUGGAUGACCCUCUAGAGAAGUAUGUAAAGAACUUCACCAUAAAGAACCCUCUGAGAAAACAGAUGGACAGAGAACCAAAGUCUGGGGCAGCAUUUACAAGAAAUGGCAGAAGACAAUUCCAUUCCUCUAUCACUCUCAGAAGAAUGGCCAGUCAACUAUCAGGAUUGCCCAGGCGACUUAGAGGAACCAGCCUACUCUGGAAUGGCCAGACUCAAGAGGCAAUUGAUUUACUGCAAGAUGAUAUUCUUGUGGCAGACCCUGGAACAAAAUGCCACUACAGUAACCUGGCCUUCUCCCUGCUGGCCCACGUCAUGGCAGACAAAGUGACAGGAACUGAUUACGAGAGCUGGGUAUCCAAAAACAUCCUCCAACCAGUAGGCAUGGAGGACACUGGCUUUGACAUCACCGCAGAGAUUAAGAAAAAGAUGGCAGUGGGGGUUUACCCAAGUGGCCAGCCCACGCCUCUUUAUGAUCUUGGCUGGUACCGACCCUCGGGACAGAUGUACUCCACUACGGCGGACAUGGCCAAGCUGAUGAUGGUUCUCCUGGGGGCAUAUAACCAUGGAGUGGUCCGGGUGGACACACUGAAAACCCUGCUGACGCCUAUUUUCCACUGUGACACCAGCUACUUCUCAAACCAAACAGGCACACCUUGGGAAGUGUACGAACAGCUGGAAUAUGAGAUUAUCCGUAAAGAUGGAGAUCUGGAUGGGUAUUCGGCUGUGCUCUCACUUGUGCCGCACCUUAAGCUGGGGUUGGUCAUUCUGAUGGCUGGAACUAAGCCUGCUGAUGAAGAUCUUGUAACCAAAUCCUACAGUUAUCUCAUCCCUGCUAUGGAGAGGGCCUUUAGAGAUGCACCUCCUGUCCUUGUACCUCCUCCUGAUCCAGCUCCUUAUAUGGGCCUCUUCACCUACAGUAACAUGACCUUCUAUGAAAUCAAAGCAGGCUCAGAUGGCAUACUGUCAAUGCAGCAGUUUGGGCCACCUGUGGAUGAAAUGGUCCCUUUGGAGUAUAGCACUUGGAGGCUGAGUUAUUUAGAGAAGAGGGUGUUCAAGGUGGUGUUUGAGAAGGAGUAUCCAUGUCAUCUGAAGAUCAGGAACACUUCUGUUUCAAUGGAGUCUCAGGAUAGGCAGCUGUUUAACUUUUACACAUUCAAUGAGAAUGGCCUUGCACCUGGAUUUGAUGUGCCAGGCCUGAACACUUACAAUGUGAUGCGAAUAUCACGCAGACCGAUUUUCACCAACUGAGGAGGUACUUGAAAAAAGAAACUAAUAACAAACAAUUUCUCUUCUCUUGUAUUCUUAAUUGUGAAGCCUACAAAUGAAAAAAGACUGUGUUUUUUUUUUUUUUUUUGCCAACUAACUUGGUACAUGAGUGAAUGAAUAUUAUGUAAGGAAGAAAACUCUAGGCUCCCACUGGUGGAACAGAAAAGCGUUUGGAAGAUUGGCACCGUUUGGAAGAUCAUUGGAAGAUUGUUUGAUUACCAACGAUGCUCCAGCCGCUGGGAGACCAAGAGAGCAAAAUUGAUCAUGCACUCUUGGUGGGAGUGAUGGAAUAUUCUCUCCCCCCGUCAAUCAGAGUGACAGUAAACAAUCAUGGCCGUCUGUGAGCUCAUGUAUGUGGAAGAGGGUAGUUGGCACUUUCCUCCAAGUGUGUUAAGCUGACCUGUGACAUGAGCAUGAGCAACAGUGCAAAGAGAUGCAUGGCUAGCUUUACUGGUCUUGGAGGACAUCCUAACUGGUAGCAGGCAUGUGAUAGGAGAGAGCUGGUUAGUGGGUGGGAACUGGUAAAUGUGUAAAUUAUUGCAAAUCUGUGCUUUGUCUUGCUGUCAAAGCUGCUGUUAUAAAAUGAAUCAGCACCUUGUGACCAAUCAGAAUCGAGAAUUCAACAGCACUCUGGCAUAAUUCAAAGAAACAUAUUUUAUACUGAAUGUCUUUAUUGUAAGAUAAAUUAUAAGUGCCUUAAGGAUAUGGCUACACAUCUACACAAAAAAACUACAUUUACAUACAAAAUACAUUUUCCAACAAUUUUUUUGUUUGUCCAUAUACAUUUAU